AUGCAUGAGUAGAGACUAAUCAUGAGAAAAUAUCGGAUAAAAUUCAAACAUUGCAACUACUACUAUAGUUUGUUUCGUUUGAAAUUCUUAAGGCAAAGAUAAAGAAGUUUGAAACUUUCAGCUACAACAGUGGAGGGACUAGUCAAACCUCAUUUACUAACCCAUUUCAUUCUUUUUAUUAUUCUUUUAUUCUUUAUAUUUAUGAACUCUGUUGCAAGAUCAUUUUGCCUUUGUUUUUGUUCUUAUUGAGUUCAGAAAGGACACCCCUCAACAUACAGAAACCCGGGUUCAAUGGGGUCUGAAUUCACAGGAGACACAACUAUGGAUGCAGCAGAGAAGAGGCUCAAUGAGCUUGGUUACAAGCAAGAACUUAGAAGAGAAAUGACUAUGUUCAAAACACUGGCAAUAUCAUUUUCAACAAUGACCCUAUUCACAGGAAUCACUCCUCUAUAUGGUUCCAGCCUUCAAUAUGCAGGGCCUGCAUCUCUUGUAUGGGGAUGGGUGGUGGUUUCUUUCUUCACUUGGUUUGUUGGGAUUGCAAUGGCUGAGAUUUGUUCAUCUUUCCCGACAACUGGCUCUUUGUACUUUUGGGCUGCGCAUUUAGCCGGUCCGAAAUGGGGACCAUUUUCUUCAUGGUGCUGUGCUUGGCUUGAGACCAUAGGACUUAUUGCUGGGAUUGGAACUCAGGCAUAUGCAGGAUCACAAACAUUGCAGAGUAUAAUCUUACUCUCAACAGGAACACAUAAAGGUGGAGGGUACUUUGCUCCAAAAUGGUUAUUCUUGUGUAUGUAUAUUGGCUUAACUGUCAUAUGGGCAGCUCUCAACACAUUUGCAUUGGAAGUGAUUGCCUUGAUAGAUAUGAUUUCAAUAUGGUGGCAGCUUAUUGGGGGAAUAGUGAUUGUGAUCAUGCUACCUCUGGUAUCACUUACUACACAAUCUGCUUCAUAUGUAUUCACACACUUGGAGUUGGCACCUGAAUCAACUGGAAUUACAAGCAAACCAUAUGCUGUGAUUCUUGCAUUUCUUGUGAGCCAGUAUUCCCUCUUUGGAUAUGAUGCUGCAGCACAUUUAACUGAAGAAACCAAAGGUGCUGACAAGAAUGGACCUAUUGCCAUACUUGGCAGCAUUGGCAUGAUUUCAGUCUUUGGUUGGGCUUAUAUUCUUGCACUUACAUUCAGCAUUCAGAAUUUCAGUUACCUUUAUGAUACAAACAAUGAGACUGCUGGAGUAUUUGUGCCAGCACAAAUACUCUAUGAUGCAUUCCAUGGAAGAUAUCACAAUUCUAUUGGAGCAAUCAUUCUACUAUUUAUCAUUUGGGGUUCAUUCUUUUUUGGUGGACUUUCAAUCACUACAAGUGCUGCUAGAGUUGUUUAUGCUUUGUCUAGAGACAAUGGAGUCCCAUUUUCGUCCUUAUGGCGAAAGCUACACCCGAAGCGCAAGGUUCCCUCGAACGCUGUAUGGCUUUGUGCAGGAAUCUGCAUCCUUCUUGGCCUCCCAAUCCUAAAGGUCAAUGUAGUUUUCACUGCCAUAACUUCGAUAUGCACAAUCGGAUGGGUUGGUGGCUAUGCAGUUCCAAUAUUUGCAAGAAUGGUUAUGCCUGAAAAGAACUUCAAGCCUGGACCCUUUUACUUAGGAAAAGCUGGAAGACCAAUUUGCUUGAUUGCAUUUCUGUGGAUUUGUUACACUUGUUCUGUGUUCCUUUUGCCAACAUUGUACCCUAUAACUUGGGAUACUUUCAAUUAUGCACCAGUUGCUUUGGGUGUAGUUUUAGGCCUUAUAAUGCUUUGGUGGGUUGUAGAUGCAAGAAAAUGGUUUAAGGGACCAGUUAGGAACAUUGAUACGCAAAAUGGUAAGGUUUAAUGUAAUUCCUCACAAGUUUGAAGAACAAUACUAUAAUAGAUGGAAUUUUACCAUUCAUUUUUUGGUUCCUCAA